CAGCAGCAGCAGCAGAAACAGCGGCGGCAGCAUACACCGUUACACCCCCAGCACCGGCGGCAAAUAAACGUGAAGACGACACGAGCCUAACCGCAAAACGUUAUCAUCAGCAAGCAGAGGAGAAUAUCGAAAAUAGCUGCAAUGGUGAAGAUGGCCCGCGAGACAGUUACAGCAGCGAACAAAGCGGGGCUCAACAGGGCGGCGACAAGUCAGGCCAUCAGCUCGCCGGAUCGGCUUCCUCGUGGGGGGUCUCGGACGAGGAGAUCAUCGGUGGAAAAUCGAGCGAGAACAUCGAAGCAGCAGCAGCAACAAACGCGGAAAGGGAAGGGGUCGUGAGGACGGGAACAUCCUCAAACAGUUCUGAUGCUGGACGAUGGUCUGAUGACGUUGAGACCACAACCGGCGAGAAUGGUGCAACGAAAACUAGCAUCACCGUAGGUCACAACAGCAACCAUGGCAUCAGCAUAGGAGAGGAGGAACAACUGGAACAAGAACAAGAAGAGCAAGUGAUUGCCAGAAAAGCAGACGUUGAGCUGUCCCCAACCGCAUCCAACAGCGGCAGGAGUGGCGACCUUCGCAGUGAUGAGGCAGAACCAGUGGCAGAGGUUCCCCGUAGCAGCAUUGACGGCGGUGCAACAGCGCCUCCACCCCAAGUCGAUGGAGACAUCACCACCAACAACAACACCAGUGAUGCUCACUCUUCUUCCUCUCAAGCCAUCAUGGAAGAUGGCCUCGAUCAGGGUGAAACAUUUGGCGAGGCAGACACAGAUAGGCUUCUUUUCGAU